CUAAAUUCAGUUGGCGCUUGCAGCUGGCACGCUGUUGACGUCAUAACGGUGUUUACCCAAUAGAAACAGAAACACCUCCUCCACUUUCUGAGUGACAUUCUCAAAGUUUUGACUUCUGCAGCAAAAGACAGUAGAAAGUGAUGAAAAUGUUUUAUUAUCUCGCGGCGCUUCAUGUGCUUCGUCAAGAAAGAGUGCUUUUUUUAUUUAUAGAUUUAAGCGUUAAACAAUACCGUCCGCAGCUUUGAACCAUUCAGUAAUAUCAACUGAAGACAUCGGAAAUCCAGUUUACUAGUACGCUAUGCUUUCUCAAGAUAUACAAGGUUGAAGAAAGGAAGAGAUUGGAAUUAUUUGCCUAUAGAGAUGGGUAUAAACCUUGGUUGUUAAUACAUUUGGAGCUUAGUAGAGAAGGAAAAUACGAGUAUCUUAUUAUGACGGUGCUGUGAGAAAUUAACUCUUGACUUUUCUUUCUUUUAAACCAAACUCUGGAGCGUUUAGGGACAUGCGUUCAAUUUGAUAUUUCUAAUAUAGAAGUUAUUUUCCUGACAAUUUCAUCUGGAAAUAACAGUCGAUUAAAAAGAUUUAGUCAACAAUUGAAUUAUUAGUGAGUGGUUAGCGUUACGGAUUAUUUUUAAGACAGUUUCGAUCUUCAUUUUUACCGGUUAUGUUAGCGGUGGGGCAGAUGGACGGGUCCCGUCAGAGCGCAUUCCUCCUCAGUACUCCGCCUUUAGCUGCUCUGCACAGCAUGACCGAAAUGAAGACCCCACUGUACCCAGCGUAUCCCUUGUCCUCCGGCGGACCCGCUUCGUCUACCUCCCCGUCUGCGACCUCCCCAAAUCCUGGUGGGAUCCCCGUAUCUUCCCCGGGGAUAAAACCGUCGGCCGGACUAUCUUCUCUCGCAUCGCACCACCAGUGCGCAAUCGCCACCCCUCACGGAAUAAACGAUAUUCUAAACCGUCCUUCAGUCGUCGCCGCGGGGGCAGCGGCGGCCGUGGCUGCGUCCUCCUCUGCUGGAAUCUUGACAGGACUGCCCCGCUUCAGUAGCUUGAGCCCUCCGCCUCCUCCCGGCCUGUAUUUCAGCCCCAGUGCCGCGGCGGCCGUGGCAGUGGCUCGCUACCCCAAGCCACUGACGGACCUCCCAGGCAGGACCCCUAUAUUUUGGCCCGGAGUCAUGCAAAGCCCACAUUGGAGAGACGCCAGAUUCGCUUGCUCGCCCCACCAGAACUCGGUUUUGCUCGACAAAGAUGGAAAGAGGAAACAUACAAGACCCACGUUUUCCGGACAGCAGAUUUUUGCCCUGGAAAAGACGUUUGAACAGACGAAAUAUUUAGCGGGACCCGAGAGAGCGCGACUGGCCUACUCGUUGGGGAUGACAGAAAGCCAAGUGAAGGUUUGGUUUCAAAACAGAAGAACGAAAUGGCGGAAAAGGCACGCGGCCGAGAUGGCUUCAGCAAAGAAAAAGCAGGAUUCGGAGACUGAGCGGCUGAAGGGGGCUUCAGAAAAUGAAGACGACGACGACGAUUAUAACAAGCCGUUGGACCCAAACUCGGACGACGAGAAAAUAACACAGUUGUUAAAGAAACAUAAACCAAACUCUUCUCUCCACAUCCACACAUCAGAAAACGAAAGUUCAUAGAAACAAGAAGACAAAUGCCGAAAUGAAAUUUUUAAGUGAAACCCAGCACUGAACUGCUUUAUAGCAGUGGCCUAUUUUCGUCGACAGUUUUUAAAUUAAGUUUGACUUGCACGAGAAGGAAGGACGCGCGCCAGUUCAGGACGACGGGCUCUAUUUUUACUGGUUUGGAGCAGCGACCCAAAAGCUGACACUGAAAUUUAUAAACAUUUCCACAUUACUACGAGGGUACUUACUUGUAAAUAGAAGCGUGAGUUACUAAAUAGAAAUUAUAUUACUGUGAAUAUUUAUGUGUAAAAUACUUUUUGUAUAGAAAGCAACCACUCCGAGUCUCAGUCUCGGUUAACAUGUUUUCGGCUCUGAAUUGCAAUGACAACAGGUAGGCUAUUGCAGUCUAUUUGUCCCUUCUCUUUAUUUUCAAACUUGCAAAUUAUGUUGUAGCCUGUCGUGAACUUUUAACUCCGGCUGCUUCUACGUUUCCGUUAUAAGAACUUGCCGAGCUUUUUGUUUCUAACUCUGCUUCCCCGACAAAUAAUGCAUUUAUAACGUUUACCGAUGAAAAUGCAAAAUAGGCCUACAACUGACGGCUUUCACUGAAAAACUUCUGAAUUUCAAUUGACACAUUAACACAAUAAAGCUAAACGAGCCAUUUAUUUCACAUGUAUAUAAUAGGUAAACAGCUGUUUUUUUCUCGAUUAAAGUAUAUUUGUAAUAUAAUGCAUAGAGUGUUUGUCUCCCCAAUGUUAAGAUGUUUGAACUUUUUUUUGGACAUUUUUCACAAUUUACUUAAUUUAUAUAAUGUUUAAGUUUGUAACAGUGUUUGAAUCUCGCAACAGAGUGUAUUGCAGGUUCAUAUGUAUUGCACUUUUAUUUAAUAAAAAAGUGAUAAUA